ACUACAUCCGAAAUAAUUGUCAGUAUGUUCGCAUAUACACAUGAGAUAUAAAUAACGAAGAACAGCUGCUGCUGGAACGUUGUACUUACUACCUACACAUAUUUGCCCCUCCUUAACAGGCACCACACUGCCCAGAUAAUUGACACUUCAACUUGACAGCAGCACAUUUUCCAUGCUGAUUAAUACACAGAAUGCUUCAGAAAGAAAGAAAGAAAGAAAGGAAAAACUACAAUGUUUCAUUCCAGCCACAUUUGAGAUUGGACAGCUAUGGUUUGCAUAAAGGAGACUGUCGUCCCUUUAUUGUUGAGGGACAUCAGGUGGGUCUGGUCAGGCCUGAUGUUAUGCAGCAUCUUCAUCACUAUCCUGAUGUAUUUCAUAUUCAGCCCGAUGCCGUCGAACUGAAUCCUGCCUUCAGAGAUUAUGGGGAACGGAGUGACAGAGUGGAAGCAGUACUGAAAGACUGUCGUGCAAACAAUAUAUUUAUCGCACUUAAAGGUUGGCGUGAAGAGUGUUAUGAAGUUUGUGCUGCAUAUGCAUCCAAAGCGCUUCUUAAGAUGGACCGUUCAGCCACUUGUUUAUUUGGAAUUCGUAACUAUGGUGUUGACAUUAAUGGGUAUGUGAGGCAUCCAGAGAAGGGACUGUGCCUUUGGUUGCAGCAGCGCUCAGCAACAAAGCAAACUUGGCCUGGAAAGUGGGAUAAUAUGGUAGGUGGUGGCCUUUCUGUGGGUUAUACUAUAAUGGAAACUGCCAUAAAGGAAGCAGCAGAAGAAGCUUCAAUACCCCUGGAACUGAUGAAGAAUCUGAGGCCUGCUGGAUCUGUUUCGUUUUUCUUUGAAAGUGAAAGAGGGCUUUUCCCAAACACAGAAUUUGUCUUUGACCUGGAAUUGCCUUUGGAUUUCGUUCCUUUCAAUAGUGAUGGUGAAGUGCAAUGCUUUCAGCUACUCCCUGCAAUGGAUGUCCUUGAAAAAGUUUUCUCUCCAGACUUCAAAACAACAAGUUGCCCAGUAAUAGUUGAUUUUCUUAUUCGACAUGGCCUGGUUUCAAUUGAAAAUGAGCCAAACUUGCCUCAAGUUGUGGAACUGCUUCAUGUGCCACUUCAGACCAUCUACAGAUCAUGCCAGUACCAGCCUCCAGCUACAAAUGGUCAAGACAUUUCCGCAUAGCCUCCAGCUGUAGCAUAUGUAUUUCUUCUUCUACUUGUAUAAAAACUGGAGAUGUUAGAUGAAAGAGAAGUAGUAUUUUGCAAAAUAAAAUCACUUAACGAGUUUUACAAAUAUCUUGCUUAUGUUAUUAAUCUGUAUGAUUUUGUACAUCAUAAUAGAAAAUGUAUUUUAUGUACAAAACCAAUUAUCAGUAUUAGGGAUGUUCUAUAACAUUGGGAGACUUUAUUUUUCUGGUGUUCAUUGUUCAGAAUUAUCAUUGUUCAUAUGAUUAUAAUCUUUACAUUUAUUGCAUGAUGUGGAAAAUAUGGAGAGCAUUUUUUGUUCAGAAGCUAUUUAACUAAAAGAACAAGAGGAGCAAGUGCAGGAAAAGAUUAGUGCAAAUAACUGAUUGUGAGAUGUAACACGUAUGUGACACAAAAGUGUCUCACAACACGUAACAGCCUUAAAAGUUAAUCAACUUCAUUUCAUGGGUAAGAUUAGAGAAAAGUAGUUAACCUAGUGUCCAAGAAAUUAUUAAGUUAUGUGGCAUUAAUAACAUCUGAUGUGAAGCUCAAAAUUUGAUACCUUGAAUGACCAAGCUUGUUUUAUUUUUGAGAUUAAGAGAUGUUGUUUUUUAUAGUGCACAAAGAGUAUAGAACUAAAUAUAAGAAACCUUCAUAGUUUUUCACAUUUCAUGUGAUGGUAAACAAGAUAAUAAUGUAAUGUGAACUUCUAUUAGUAUAUGGAGUUUAAUGCAAAAGGAUUGAAGAUCAGGGACAAAAUCUCUAUCAUCUAGGUGAUAGAAUGCAUAUUGGCCUUUCCGUUCUAUGUUUGUAUGGUGAAGGAGAAAGAUGUUUAUUUUUGUGUAUGUGGUUUUAGAUGAAUUCCUCAUUGGACCAUAAAAAUAGCUGUUCUCAAUAAUUUUAUGUACAAUUAUGAAACUGUAGUCACAUGUCUGAUAAAUCAGUAUUAAUGGCCAAAUAAACAGAGGGGACAAUAAUAUUAAUUUUAGUUUAUGUGCAAAGUAUUAUGAUGUUUUGUUGUUAUUGUAAGUUAUAUCAACAAAGCGUACAGUCACUGUCCAAUAUAAUACUUUCAUUAAAUGUCUCCUCUGCUGUUAUUGUACAGUGUUUUGUAGGCCUAAAAAGUACUGGCGGUGCUCUUACUUGAUGUUUAAAACUGAUGAGUUCUUCAUGUGAAGAUGAUGUAAAACUUGUAUUCUUGUUCAUGUGUCUGCCAUUUUACACAUCCCCAUGAUGGUUCUCAUAUGUUCAUGACAGUUUCUACUUUCAGUCAAAAAAUCAUAAAGUCAGUUUUAAUAAAUCUCCAAGACCAACAUGAAUUUUUGAUGGUGUUGUGCACUACAUGUAUAUUGUACAUUUGCUGGGAGCAUUAACAGAUUUAUAUGUAAUGUAUGCAAACAAAGAUAUGUAAAUUAACUCAUUUGAACGGGCACAGGCAGAGUCUUCUUAUUUAUCAAAAAUUAUUCCACUGAUGCUUCUAAUAGAGCUGCUGCCACACAACUGAUCAUAUGUAAUGUUAAAUAGUUCGUGAGGACAAAUUGAAAUUUGUGGCGUGGCAGAGAGAUGGAGUUAUGCAAUUAAAUUUGCUUUUUAUUAUGCUGAUAUACAACAAAAUAUGUCAAGUUUAUAUUUGUAAGGUUUUGUUUGUAUGACUUUUCAGAUUAUUUAGUUAUUAAUAUUCCUUUCAAAUAGACAAACUAAAAUACUGCAUGGUCAUACUUUUUUCUUCGUUUUGGAUGGUGUAUUUACAACAGAAAUCCAUCCAAAUUUGGUGAAGAUUUACAACGAGGUUGCACCUUCAUUUCAGCAGCUAAGAAAUGGGUUGCUAUCUUCAAACACAAUUGUGUUACUCUUGAAGGUGAUUGUUAUGACUUAGGAAAAAGCUGAUGCCAUAGAUGUAUCAGAGAAAACAGUGUAACAGAUUCUACACCAAGAAUUAACUAUGAAAAAGCUUUAUGUAGUAGAGGUGUUGCAUUGUUGCAAUCAGAGGAAUGUAUGGAAGUUCCAUUCACUGCUCUUCCUUCCCCUUCAACUGUUUUGUCAGAAAAAGGAGCUUCUGGCUCCGAAAGCUUGUAAAAGUUAAACACUUUUGGGUGUGUGUGGGGUAGAACAUGUGACAGUGCACAUCUUGAAAAACAAUAAAUUUUUAUACCAACAACUACUAAGAAAAUGAAUGUGCCAGGAAUGAAAUGUUUCAAAUUAUUUUUCUUUAUCUGAAUGCCAGUACUUAAUUUAUGUCACAUGGAGAUAAGUGACAUGUAGCCAGACUAUGUAUAACACACUUUAUAAAAUUUUUUUAGCUUUUCUUGCAGUUUGUGAAAAACUAUAAUUUAUGGUGUAAUCACAAUCACAAAGUUCCCAUUUAUUUACUGUGCAUGAGACUUUCUGAAUUUUUAUAGAAGUUUUUUUUCUGUAUGGCAUAUCUCUUUUUCAGAGACUCAGAAAGCCAGCCCCAUCCAGUGACUGCGCUAUUGAAGAAUUUUUAUGUUAUUAGCCAAAACAGACUUCAAAAUGUCAUGUAUGCAGUUAUUUUCCUAUCAUUUUCAUGUCAUCAAGUUUAUCUUGAAACAUAGUUGUAUGGUGAGGAUGUAGUGUGUGCUGGUCCACACAAAUUGUUGAUAGAACUUUGCAGACUGUUUAUUAGGAACAUACCUCUGUUUUGUGUAGAUCACUGACACAUUGGUUUAUUUUAUUACAUUUCAGUAUGUAAAAUCUUAUUUGAAAGAAAGGUAAUUGUGUCUUUUCAGUUGAGUAUUUCUGCAUAAUUCCUCAUCCUCUUCAUCAAUUGACUUUCCCAAACACCUGAUGGAGAUGGUGAAUAUUUCAUUGAAAACGUGUACAAAAAUCUAACAAGAAAUCUGCAAUCUGAAAGCUCUCCAUUAACAUAGCUGAGAAAUACAAAAAUCCAGACAGCCAAAUGUCAUGUUGUCUAGUCUGGUAACUAAACCAAGUGGGUAGGUGCAAUUGUUAAGGCAUUGGACUUGCAGUCAUGAUGAGUGAGGUUGGUACUUCUGACAUAGAUAUGGCUGAUUUCUUUCCCCACAGUUGGUCAUAAAAGUAAACACACACACACACAUUCACUGAAGCAAGCACACCUUGUGCAUACAUGACUGCUAUCUCUGGCCAGAAUCUGCUAAAUCUGUUUCUAGCUAGAGUGACAGGAGAUAGCAGUCAAGUGUGUCUGAGGUAUGCUUGCCUGUGUGAAUGUGUGUGUUUUAUUUUCUGAAGAAGGUUCUGGCUGAAAAUUCACUGUCAAUUUUUAUCUUGACAUACAGUUUCAUGUUUAAAAAAGAUGGUACUACUGAUUGUUAAUGUGUCCACCUGAAAUUUGAGGUUGUUUUUGUCUACUUCAGUUAUAUUUUUCGCAUUCUUGUGCAUAGAAAUCUUACCUAAACACAAGAAAUGUGUCACGUUAAUCGUACACCAUGCUAAUCAUAAAUCCUGCAAUAAAACACAGUAAAAUAAUUUGUUGUUUCCAUUGUGAAUCUAAACAGAGGCUAUUCAGUAAUAAUUUAGUACAUAAGCAAUGCCAGAUGAACUGAUGUGUUGUUUACAAAUUCACAAAAGAUUUAUUAUUUUAUGUUGUUUAUGACUCGUAUACCUGUUACAUCUGGAAAUGAUACAGUGUUUAGUUAUUCUCUGAAUCUAAUGAUACUCAAGUCCAGGAUUAAAAGUAGUGCAGCAUCACAUAAACAUUUGGCUGUAUUAGAAAUUUUCCUAUUUACAGCACACUGUUAAGCUGUAGGAAGUUAUGUAUGGACAGUGGCUUUUAGAAAACUUCAAGAAGUAAACUAUGUAGAUUAAGCAUUUUAUAUCAAGCCUUAGCAGGCUAUCAUAAAUGCAAUAUCUGAACAGCUGAUUUCAGUGCAUGUUUUAGAUUCAGUGGUGGGCAUUUCAUAACCCAGCAGAGCAGAGAUAAUAUCAAAUUCCGUGUGGACAAAAGGAAGUGCAUGUACUUUCAGUUCAUUACAUCACUACUAGUUAUGUGGGCCUACAAAAAGUAUUUUUUGUAUCAACAAUCAACAAAUUCCUAAUUAAUGCAUUGUUUUUCACACAAAGUUCAGGACCUGUUGUGACAAAAAUUGAAUAUGUGUAAAUGGUACAUAUUUAUAAAGAGAGGGCGAUUUUAUUUUGAGUUGUGAAUAAGUUGUUCAUUUUUGUCCUCAUCUGGUUACCCACAACCUUUAACUUGAUUACAAUAUACUUUUUAGAUUGUAUUAAAUAUUAAACCAAGUUUUUCAGAAGGCAUGAACGCAUACCAACUAAUAAAGUAUUAGUUAUUCUGAUGUAAUACUAAAAACUUAAGCAUUGUUGCAUGAAAGGAUUACAAUGACUUUAAGAAAUUAGGAUUUGUGGAAGCAUCAUUUAAAUAAACAGACUUUUCCGUAGUUUCUAAGAUGCAGUAAAAUCCUUAAACACAAAUGUACACAAAGCUUUGUAACAGAGUAUUUUCUCCCCCUAUUACGUGUUUGAAACAGGCAGUUGUGUUGUCAGCGCAAUGAGGUCCCAAUGUUGUCACAUGACUACCACAUGAAAUAAGUGCCUCAUAAUUAUCCAGCUAGUGUGUUCCAAAAAAAAGAAAGAAAGAAAAUAGUGUACGGGAAGUUCUGGUUGAGAAUUAUGAAUUAUUUAGGAUUAAAGGGGAUGACUCACCAAAAGGCAGAAGCACUCUAUCAUCGAUAGAUACACAAACUACAGGUACAGAGCUUGUCUAGCUUUCAGAACGUACUUCCUUUUUCAAGCUUUUAGGAAAAACAUGCACACAAACACACACAAGCAUGUUCUCUCACAUUCAUGUGCCUGUCUCCCUAUGCUGUGUUCAUUUGACUACCAGCUCUUUCCUGGCGCACAGUGGGUGUAUUGGGGUGAGGUAGGGGUGUGGAGUGGGAUGGGUUGAGAGGGGUGAGGGAUGGAGAGAGGUGGGAGGCAGGGAGUGGAUUGGGGGGAAGCACCUAGCAGUUUGUAGGAGAGUGGGGAGCUUUCUGUGGACUAGCUAGGGGAACAGGUCGAGGUUGGGCCAGACGGCUGGGCAAGCAAUUUCAUAGAGUAGGUAGUGAGAUAACAGCACACAACUAGCUGAUGUGGGGAUACAAAUUGGGUCAGGAUAAGGGGCAGGGGAUUGUACACACACACACACACACACACACACACACACACACACACACACACACACACACACACACACUCUAUUGAGUUUGGGGGGGGGGGGGGGGCACCAAUUUACCUUAGGUUUAGGCCAGGAAGGUUAUGGGAGCAAAGGAUGUGCUCUUGGGAUAGCUGCCAUCUGCACAGCUCAGAAAAGCUGGUGGUGUUGGGAAGGAUCCAGAUGGCAUGGGGUUGUCAAGCAGUCAUUGAAAUCUCUCAUGUUGUGCUCUGCUGCAUGCAGGCAAAGGUUCUACCACUGUUGUGAUGAACCGGAGUGACUACCUGGCAGAGGGCCUCCACUAGUUGUCUGACACCUCCACCUACAAGCUCUGCCAACAUGACCCUAUUCCAGAAGUCCAACACAACCUCCAAUCCUUCCUGAAUUCCUUAGACCCAACUAGAGGAAACAUUCUUAGCUUCCAAAAACCUCAAACCCCUGGCCUGGUUCAGGUUUAUUGAUGACAUCUGUAUAAUUUGGUCCCAGGGCCAGCACACCUUAUCCUCAUUCCUCCACAAUAAUCUCAACAUCUUCUGUCCCAUUCACUUCGCCUGGUCCUCCUCUACCCACCACGCUACCUUCCUAAAUGUUGAUCUCCUCCUCUUAGAUGGCUCCAUCCACACCUCAGUCUACAUCAAACCCACCAAUCACCAACAGUACCUGCACUUUGACAGCUGCCACUCCUUUCACACCAAAAAAUCCCUCCCAUACUGCCUGUCCACUUGUGGCAGACACAUCUAUAGUGAUGAGAACUCCCUCGCCCAAUACGCUGAAGGCCUCACAAAGGCCUUUGCAGACAGGAAAUGCCCCCAGACCUGAUUGACAAACAGAUCUCCUGUGCCAUAUACCCACACACACCUGAUCCUCACAUCCAUCCCAAGAACUAACAACAAAGAAACACUCCCCCCCCCCCCUACCGAGCGAGGUGGCACAGUGGUUAGCACACUGGACUCGCAUUCAGGAGGACGACGGUUCCAUCCUGUGUCCGGCAGUCCUGAUUUAGGUUUUCUGUGAUUUCCCUAAAUCGCUCCAGCCAAAUGGCGGGAUGGUUCCUUUGAAAGGGUAUGACCGACUUCCUUCCCCAUCCUUCCCUAAUCCGAUGAGACUGAUGACCUUGCUGUCUGCUCUCCUUCCCCAAAAACAACCCAAUAACCCCCAACACCCCCUCUCCUUGUCACCCAGUACCACUUCGAACUGGAACAAUUGAACCACGAAACUUCCUGGCAGAUCCAAACUGUGUGCCAGACCGAGACUCAAACUCGGGACCUUUGCCUUUCACGUGCAAGUGCUCUACCAUCUGAGCUACCCAAGCACGACUCACACCCGUCCUCAUAGCUUUACUUCUGCCAGCUGUGAGGACGGGGCGUGAGUUGUGCUUGGGUAGCUCAGAUGGUAGAGCACUUACCCCGCAAAAGGCAAAGGUCCCGAUUUCGAGUCUCAGUCUGGCACACAGUUUUGAUCUGCCAGGAAGUUUCAUACCAGGGCACAUUCUGCUACAGAGUGAAAAUCUCAUUAUGGCAACUGAACCAUGUCCUCCAUCAGGGCUUUGAUUUUCUAUCAACGUGCCCUGAAGUGAGGGACAUAAUAUCCAAGAUACUUCCAACCCCUCCCAAAAUGGUGUUCUGCUGCCCACCCAACCUGCACAACAUCCUAGUCCAUCCCUAUGCCACAUCUUUCCCCAGUCCCCUGCCACAGUGAUGAUAUCCCAGAGGAAGCCCAGAUGCAAGACCUGCCCACUCCACCCACCCAGCACUACCUACUCCAGUCCCAUCACAUGCUUAUCCUACCCCAUCACAGUCUGGACCACCUGUGAAAGCAGCCAUGUUAUAUAUCAGCUCUGCUACAACCACUGCACAGCAUUUUACAGUGGUAUGACAACCAGCCACCUAUCCACUAGAAUGAAUGGCCACUGCCAAACUGUUGCACCACAUGCAGCAUAGCACAACAUGCAGGAUUUCAAUGGCUGCUUCACAGCCCAUGCCAUCUGGAUCCUCCCCACCACUACCAGCUUUUGUGAGCCGCACUGCCCCAUUAUCCUGACCCAAUUUGUGUCCCCACAUCAGCUAGUUGUGUGCUGUUAUCUCAUGCCUUAGUCUGUGAAAUCUCGAACCUGGCUGUCUGCCAUCUCUACCUGCACCCCUGGCUGGUGCACAGACAGCUCCCCACUCUCCUACAAGCUGCUAGAUGUUUCCUCCCAAUCCCCUUCCUGCCUCCCAACUCUCUCCAUCCCUGACCCACUCCAUGCCCCCACCUCACCCCUGAACACUGACCAUGGGUCAGGAAAGAGCUGGCAGUCGACUGAGCACAAUGUAGGGAGACAGGCAUGUGCAUGUGAGUGAGUGUGCAUGUAUGUUUCCUACAAGCUUGAAAAAGAAAUUACAUUCUGAAAGCUAGCCAAGCUCUGUACCUUUUGUUUUUGUACUUAUCGCUGAUGAAACACUUCUGCUUUUCAGUGAGUUGUCUCCUUUAUUCCUAAAUAAUUUGUUAUACAAAAAUAGAGCAGUCAAAUAGUAUUUCUUACUGUCAUUCUAAUUUUAUCCUGUAUAAACUUUUUUCUGUUGUAUUUUAGGUACUGUAUAAGUUCAUUCUGAAUGAAAAUGAAAACAGAUAUGUGACUUUAUAAAUUCUUCAUUUAUCUUUAAAUUUUUUACCUUUCCUGCAUCACACAUUGUAAAGGUGUUUAAUAGACAGCUGAAGAAUAAAUGAGUGACUUAUUAUCUUCCAUUCUUCUGUACUCUUGGCUUUUUGUGAAAAUUAUUUUAGUGCUUUCACGGAUAUUUUGUUCAUUCACUUGAGUAAUUGAAUGUAUUCAUCUGUACUUUUAUAAAAAUACAUUCAACUUACUCAUGAUUCUAUUAUCACUGCUUUCAUAUAGAAAGUGUACAUGUUUUACAGUUUUCUGAUAUUUUUACUCUGAGAAUCCAGAAGAAUAAAACUGAAUGUUAUAUUUAUGUUAGCUUUGUUCCAGUAGUCACGGCUGACUAAGCGCAAUUUACACAACUGCCUUGUCUUGUAUUCCACCUGUCUUGUGUCGUGUUCCCAGAUGCAUCCUUUUAUUGUUUUUGUGUGUGUGUGUGUGUGUGUGUGUGUGUGAGAGAGAGAGAGAGAGAGAGAGAGAGAGAGAGAGAGAGAGAGUACAAAUGUGUGUGCCAGUACAACACAGCUAAGAUAUCCAUGUGAUGUUGAUCUUCGUCCAGUGUUCUCAUAUUUGGCACAUAAUUGGAUCAUCAAUUUUUGUGAUAGCCUUCUUAUACAUUUUUUUGAGGAUGUUGUACAUAAUGUUAAACAGUGAGAGUAAUGAACCUGUGUUCCUAUCAUAAAAUGUAAUAUUUGAAAUUUUUAUAGAAAAUAAUUCCUUGAUAAUCAUAUUUGUACUUAAAAUAGGUACCAAAUUACUUUUUAAUGUUACAUCCAAAAUCUCUCACGUAUAACUCAGUAUAUCUAUUCUUAGAAUUAAAAGAUGAUGAUUUCAGUGUGUUGUGUGUGGACCAACAAAACAAUCUGAGAGUACUUCCUGCUAGUAAACAAUUUUUGUGGGUUAUAAGAAUGCUGGUCCAGUUACAGCACUGGAAGAAAGUGAUAGCUGCUAUGUGAUACUUAUCAUUAGUGUAAAAAAUAGCUUUCCCCCUAAUUUAAGAGUACAAAUAACGAUUUAGGUAAACAAUGAAUGGCUUUUCAGAAAAAUUUGAAACAUUCUGUUGAACUGUUAGAAGAGUUAAGUUCCAAAAUAAUGUGAACUUGAAGUAUAUUGCCAGUUAAAAGUAUGGUUUGCAUUCAGGUGUGUAUGAUGCCCUUGUGAAAGUUGCAAAUAAAGCUUUUACAACUAGAA